UCAUUUCAAAGACACCGUCGACCAUGAAUGGCAGUACCAAUCCGCUGCUGGAUAAAGAGGAGCAUGUUUUGAAGCUCGGAGAAAGCUUCGAGAAGAGGCCAAAAUCUUCUUUUCACACCAUCAGAUAUGACUUCAAACCAGCAUCUAUUGACACAAGUUGUGAAGGAGAGCUGCAAGUUGGGAAAGGAGAUGAAGUUACCAUUACACUACCUCACAUUCCAGGCUCCACGCCUCCUAUGACAGUAUUUAAGGGAAACAAGCGACCGUAUCAGAAGGACUGCGUUCUCAUCAUUAACCAUGACACGGGUGAAUUCGUCCUGGAGAAGCUCAGCAGCAGCAUCCAGGUGAAGAAAACAAGGGCAGAGGGGAGCAGUAAGAUCCAGGCCCGAAUUGAGCAGCAGUCAGUUCGCUCCAGCCAGCCUAGCUCUCAGUUCCGGGCCCCAACCAAACCCGGAACUGGGAUCAAAACCUCGCCCUCCCAAACUAAGGACAACCCCUCUCCUGAGCCGCAGCUCGAUGACAUCAAGAGAGAGCUGAGAGCGGAGGUGGAGGUUAUAGAGCAGAUGAGCAGCAGCGGCAGCAGCAGCUCCUCGGACUCAGCCAGCGCCUCGGGGAGCGGCGACGACAGCAGCAGCAGUGACGGCGAGAACGACGCACCGCGACCGCUCAGCCAGACCUCGCCCAGCCGCCUCCCUGUGGCCAACGGAGGAGUCGACCGGCAGCAGGGCAACAACCAGCUCAUGAACACACUCCGAAACGAUCUUCAGCUCAGCGAGUCAGGCAGCGACAGCGACGACGACUGAACUCUUCGGGUCAGCCUCGCCUCCCUCACGCUCCUUCUUCUCAUCUUCCUCUUUUCUGCCUGAUCCAUUUGUUUCUUUGCUGUGAUAACUGACUCCAUCCUUAUGUUGCAGUGUGACUGUAUUUUAAAAGUUUUAUUUUGGUAUUUUCUUAUAGAUGGCCACCCAGACACAUUAGGAGUUUAUUUUUAUUAGAUGUAUAUUUUGCUUUGGAAGAGUUUUACCUGAGAGUGAUGGAAGAUUAUAUCUAGAGCAUCCAUGCAUAUUUUAAGUACUAAAAGAAGCUAGUUUUAUCAGCCAAAUACUUUUAUUUUUAUUAAGUUUUGUUUGUAUCUUAAAAUUAACAAGAUAAAGGUUUCAGUCGGAACCACCCACAUGUUCACCCCGUAUGUCAGACAAAGCUGUGGACAUCCUCUCUUUAUGUUGUUGUCAUUAGCACUUCUUUAAGCAUGAAUCAAACUUAUGCAUUCGCUUUCUUUAAAUACUAAAAAAUACUGUACUGCAAAAACAGUAUCAAUAACCUUUUAGCUAUUUUACAUUUGAUUCUUUAGUGGCUACUUAGCACUACAUAAAACAAGAGAAAACUGAAUUUUACCUGCCCUAUUUUUCAAAAAAAGAUUCUAAUGACUUUUCAUUAAUUAUAUAGAAAGUGAGGAUGUUAACAAUUGGUAUAAAAGCUGCUCAUACAAGAUCCUUACGAUAAUAGAUGAGUAACAUCUUGGACGAUGUUCUUUUCCCCCGCCACAAGAUGGCAGACAAGAUUCAAAAUUAAAACAGAAACCUGCUCAAUGAAGGACAUUCACUUAGUAGGUUUAUUUGUAAUACCAAAAAAAUGGGUUCUUUCAAACUUGGUUUGGUUUCUCUGGAAGGUAAUGUUAUGGUUUGUUUGUGCUGGACCUUUAUUUACCCUAACUGUUACUCAUGUUAAUCUUUCUCAAAUAGCAACAGAUGUAGAUUAGAAAAUGAAGAAAGUCAACCACUGUGUAUUUGAAACUGGAUAACCAAAAGAAGAAAUGAAAGAGGAAAAUGUUACAAUUUCCAGUUCAGUUGCAGCGCAGCUCUUUUGUUGAUUGCAGACGGUGUUACUAUCUGAGAGCCGCGUGUACUGUGUCUACCCUUCAGCUUACAGACACAUACCGAUUUUCUCAUUAAUGUUUGAUUUUAUAUAUUAUUUUUGGUCUUAAUGUCAGGUACUUAAAGCAUCAUCUCUGUGUUUCAGAGAUUUGACUUUAUUAGUCAGCCCUCCUGAGCCAAUCAUUGAGGCAGUUAUUUAAAACUAUAUAAGGGCUCUACAUUAUAGGAGACUUGAAACCAAAAAAAAGCUCAUAGGAUAACUUUUAUUUGUUUCAGACAUGUGUUGUUUGUUUGACCCAGAAAUAAGGCCACAGGACCUUUAAAUGCUUUACAGAAUUUUAGCUUAGUAACAAAGGUAAAUGUAUUAUACUCAGAAAAUGCCAAAGAAUAGAACUCGCCUAGAGAAAGACAAUGAGGAUUGUUGAUUGUGUUCAGUUUACAGUUUUACAGUCUCUCUGUGCAAACAGUAUAAUUGGUUACUUUGUUGUUUUUUUAACUUAACUGCAAACAUUUUUGUGUUUGGUAUUAUUAUUUAGAGUUACUAAUAAAGAAAAGUUUCAGUAUUAAAAUAACUAGGCCUAAGUAUAAAAUAGUUUUUGUGAAAGAUGUCAUAGAGAACAAAACUUUUUUAUUAUUACAGAGUGACUAAUAAUUACAUUUGGAAAGUUGUAGAAAGUUUUAGAUCACAUUUAAAAUGACUUUACAUACAAAAUAGACUGUUUUACACUUUGUCAAAAACUGACUUUAUUCUGUUCUUGUGAAAAUGAAUGCUCCACUGCUCCAGUUCUGACCUGCAUUAUUGGGAGCAAAACAGCAUCCAGACAUACACUCCCAGCCUCUUGGUCCCAAACUUAAAGUAAACACCAGACUGGAGAAGUACAGCUAACAGAAAUUUGAGUGAAUAUACUUUUACAUCAUUAAGGUUCAUAAUAUCAGAUUUCAUCUCUCUCUUUUUUUUACUGUUUUAUGCUCCAAUUUGUCUACAUUAGUUGCAGAAUCAUUACAAAUGCAUGCUGUAGCAGUAAAUGACAAUAAAUUGGCAUCUUCCCUUUUAUUUAAAAGAAGCUGGAAGGUGUUUUUCGCUGGCGGUGAUAAAAUAUAGUGUAUCCUCUAAUUUGCAACCCGGGGUUUUGUCUUUCUUCUUCGUGAAUCACAAAACAAUCCCAGUUCAGUAAGUUAAAGGAUUAUUCCACUUUUUUUUUUUUUCUCGACUUGGGCUUGGAUAUAUAAGCUAGAUUUAUUUCUCUAAUUUGUCCUCUAUGGAGAUUUUACUUACAUUCAUUGUUUUUAAAUCAACCUUUUUUACGUGUGAUCCUUAGGAGUAAAUUCAGUUUUGGUAAAACCACAGCCAGAGUUGUAUAUAAAAAGUUUGCUCAAAUAAAUCUCGUUUGAGUUUAAUUUCCCACAUUUACAAAAAAAAGCCCAGGCAUUAUGUUGUAAAUUUGCAACAAAAAAACUAAAUCCAUGAUUAAUGGAAUAUAUUUACAAAACUAAGAUGUUGUAAAGCCAAAUUUAUUGAUUGUUCUGAUGCAGUAUGAGCCUGGAUGUGCCCCAUUUUGUUGCAAAUGUCUGACUUUAUAAUCUCAGUAAACUUUUGAGUUUAUUUUCUAACAUUAUGAUGUCAGAAAGUAUGUUAGUCUUAAAAUCAUUAAUGUAUGUCCUUAAUGAUUUUUUUUUUUUGCAAAUUUAUGACAUUUCAACAUUGUAGAAUAUCAAAAUUUUUUUGUAAAUGUGUAAAAUUAUGCCUGAAAUUUUACACUUUUUUUUUCUCUUUAAUUCACAAUGGCUUAAUGCUCAUUCAUAUGGUUCAGUUGCCAUACAAGUUAUUUAGCGGAACCUGGUAGCAACUGGGAUCAUUUUGUGUUUGAACAUCUGAAGUGACAGAAGGCAGAAAGAGAAAUUAAGUAUGUUUAAAUUAGAAGGCUAAGCAGGUGGAUGAUCUCAUUUGUUCUAAGCAUUAAAACUUAAACAAGCUUUUUAGAAGAUAAACUCAUGUCACCUUCAACAAGGCUAGCAUUUCGAAGAUCAAAAAAUGAAUUUAAAUAAUGAAUUUUGUUCUGUGUCCAUAUGAAACAUAUCAGCAUCAAAUAUGGGUGAAUGUGUUUAUAGAUCCAGUUUUAAGUAUCUGCAACCUAACUGGACAUAUGCUGCAUUUAUUUUCUGUCUGAA